GCCGCCAUGAUGGAGUCUUGAUUUCCGUGGAGAAGAAUCUUGAACCACUAUGUCUCAAAAAUUCCAUGAGAUAUUUAGAAGGAUUUGUAUCAAAUCUAGUUGAUUAGAGUGGAUGAAUUAAAGAAUUCAAUGGAUCAAAACUAUUAUAAUGAGAUUUAUGAACAUUCCUAUGCUGACAUUGAAUUUGUUGAAAUUCGGUGAAAAAAAAAAGUGAAGGAAAUUUGGGAAAAUCAAGUGGUUGAAUUAACUAAAUUCCAGAGUUUUUAACUGAAGGUUCAGGUCGUGUGUGGACAGAACUAAUUUAGGACUCAAAAUGGCUAAUAAACUUAAAGGAUUAGUGAGUAAGAAUAAACGACGUUAUCAGGAUGAUGGAUAUGAUUUGGACUUGACAUACAUCUACCCUAAUAUCAUCGCAAUGGGUUUUCCAGCUAUGAGGCUGGAAGGUGUAUACAGGAACAACAUUGAUGAUGUUGUCGGUUUCCUUGAAGAUCGUCAUAGAGAGCAUUAUAAAGUUUAUAAUUUAUGCUCAGAGAGAAAGUAUGAAACAACUAAAUUUUUCUCUAGAGUAGCAAGUUAUCCUUUUGAAGAUCACAAUCCACCCCAGUUAGAAUUAAUUAGACCGUUCUGUAUAGAUCUGGACAACUGGUUGAGCGCAGAUCCACAUAAUGUAGCUGCAGUCCACUGUAAGGCUGGCAAGGGAAGGACAGGUGUUAUGAUCUGUGCCUACAUGUUACAUAGAGAUAAAUUUCAUACAGCUGAAGAGGCUUUAGAAUAUUAUGCCAAAACUAGAACAAGAGAUCAUAAGGGUGUCACAAUACCAAGUCAAAGACGUUAUGUAAAGUAUUAUGAAAUAUUAGUUAAAAAAAAUUUAGAGUACAAACCUACAAGUUUAUUAUUAUGUGGAAUCAAGUUUGAGACAAUACCUAUGUUUAAUGGUGCUACAUGUACUCCCUUUUUUGAAAUUUACCAUUCUCAAGUAAAAGUAUUUUCAUCACCUGUAUAUGAAGGUGUUAAGAAAGGAGAGAGUAGUUUUUAUAUGCCAGUUACACAACCUGUACCGUUAUGUAAUGAUAUAAUGAUAGAAUUUGUAAAUAAAACCAAGAUGAUGAAAAAGGAAAAAAUGUUUCACUUUUGGUUUAAUACAUACUUUGUACGAGAACAUGAGGAAAUACAGAAGAAUGGUUCAUCUAGUGACGACGGUAGCAGACAUUAUUACCUCACAUUAACUUUGCCAAAAAUGGAGCUUGAUAGAGCGAAUAAAGAUAAAUCUCAUAAAUUAUUUAGUCCAAAUUUUAGGAUAAAAGUAUAUUUUUCAAAUAUGAAAGAAUCGGACACAUCUUUAGAAAGAAGUCGAAGUGCAGAUGAUGUGAUAUGUCCCCCCUCCAAGUGUAAAAAUGACGAAUUUCAAACUAGAUCACAAACCUCAGACAAACUGUGGGUACCAAAAUCUAGUAAAAAAAUUAGUUCUAGUGACAAUUCUCUAUCUGGUGGACGUUAUAUAUCCUUGACCCCUGAACCCCACUCUAGGACAGGUCAUCAUAAUCACAGUCGGCGUGGUGGCGACACCUGUAGUUCAGAAUCCACAUCAGGGGGUAGUGUUGAGCGAGUAUCAGGGGGUAGUGUUGAGAAAGUAUCGGGCGGGUUGACAAGUGACAAUGAAUAUGAUUUGUCAGACACUGAAUCCGAAAAUGAGUGGGAAGGAUGUGAGAUCACUCAAGUUUAGUCAUUUCAUGCUUUUAGUGAUUAAUUUGACUUUUAAUUAAAGACUAACAACUUUCAAUACACAUGGGUUUUAACAGCAGUUGAAAUUAUAAAGAACCAGACAGACGGCAAUAGAUACAGAUGUCUUUAAGACCUUCUACCAUAAAAAAUGCUUUUAUUCCUUUAAUUAGUUCAUUGAAUAUUUUUUAUUCUAGUUAAUGAAAUUAGAUUAGAAAUAAUGUCAUAUGUUUUAGGUUAAUUUAAUGCAAAUUAAAAAACAGUUUAUGAUUUUUUGCUAGUAAAAAAGAGUAGAUUAAAUUGCAUUUUUUUUCUGUAGUUUGCUAAAUAAUUAUUACAAUACUAUUGCUUUUGUUAAUUAAAAUACUUUUUAUAAAUAAGUCUAAUUAUUGUCAUUUAGACUUGAUUGUACUUGUCAUGUAUAUUUUUAUACGCCCACAUUCUGGGUACAUAUAUAUUGUUGCCUGGCAACAAACCUUUUUAUGACCUGGUGGAGUCAUACUUUAGCAAUAUUUGGAACACUCAAAAAUUUCCAUAUCUUCAUAAUCUGAAUUUGAGAAAAAUAUCAAUAGCAUUGGGUUUUUUUUAUCAUUCUGAGGACUUGAACUAAUAUAUUCUAAGGAUCUUGUCUUUGUAUUGGUUGAGAUCUUUUAUCUCCUAGUAAAAAUUAAGUUCUUGGCAAGGGAUAGGGCUGCAUUCUUAAAAUAUUUUAGUUUAAGUUUAUGUGAGUAAGGCUCCUUGUAGUUAGUAUGUAGUAAUUUGAUACUUUUUUUGUGGAAUUUAUAUGGUUGUUCAACAGCAAUUCUUGUUAGUCCCAAACCUAUCUCAUUCCCAGUAUCCUUGGGGGGCUUUAUAAGAUCAGUCUGUAAUACAGGUAAAUAAUGAAAGUCCAAGUCAUAAAAUUGAACUGUUCUGUGUACUUAUGUGUUAUUGUUAAAGUGGUGCAACUCAGUAUAAAGUAUGUAUUAAUAUUAUCUGUCUCUUAGUGAAUUAUAAUAGCCAACUGUUAGUAGUAUAUGUUGGUUGUAUAUAUAUAAUGCAAGUAAUUUGUAUAUAGAUAUAGGAUAAGAUAAUGUAUAUAAUAGCGAUUGUACAGUGUAGAUUUGUAACAAUAAUCAAAGUGUACAUCUUUUUUUAAAUAUUGUUUUAUUGUAUUAGUAAAUGCUUUAGAAAUGAACAAUUUUAAAUUCCUAAGUAUUAUAGAUGGUCGCUGAUACUAGUUGAGUCUAGUUCUAUUAUCUUUUAUAAUACAAGAAUUAACUCUUCUCACCAGUAGUUGAGUUCUUGUUAUAAAAAGAUAAAUUGUAUGAAUUCCUGUUGAUGUACAUGUUGUCAUGCUCAAUAUUUAUCAAGGAGAAAAGAUUACAUAGUUUGUAAUAGUCAAUGAAAAAAGACUACAUUAAAUAUUUUUUAAAGGAGUCUGUUAAAUUUAUAUAUUAUUAUCUCAAUUAAUAUCAUUAAACGGAACCAAAAAUCAAAAAUAUAUAUAAAUAUACUGUUCACCAAUUCUUUGUUAAAUGUUGAAUCAUUUGUUAUUCAGAGCAAUUGAAGACGAUGGCAGCUAUUUUAAGAAGUAAAGUAAUAUUGUUGAUAAUACUUAACAAUUUUAUCUCAGUUGAAAUAUUAAAAUAUUUAUUUAACUACAAACAUUAACAAUAAAUUAUUCUUCCUUUUAUUAAAAAAAAUACACAGUUUUCUGGGUUUAAUCAGGUAAAGUAGUAGAAUAUACUAUCUUUUGAGUAGUAAUGUGAAAGUUUUUUCUCUAAGCUAUAUUACCAGGCCCUAGUUUCACAAAACAUUCUGAAACUUAAAGUUAAGAAUUUACUCAAAAUUGUUCUCCUUAUUGUAACUAAAAUAUAGCCCUUUAUAAAACAUUUGUUGUUUGAAUGUAUCAGAUACAUCAAUAAGAAACUCUAUAACACAUGACAAACACAAUUAUAUGGAAUACAAGUUACUUGAAAGAUUAAUUUCUGGCGACGUUUAGACAAGGGUUUUCUGAUCUUUAUCGAGCAAACUAUAUGUGAAAAGUUUUGUCUUUCUGGAUCAAAGAUAUUUCUCAUAAACAGUGAUUAAAUGUUGAGUGAAUUCUUAACUUAUGUCUGAGAAUGCUUUGUUGAACCAGGGCUAAAUUAUGUUUCUCUACUGAUUAUUCUUAAAAAGUUUUAAUUAAAAUUAUGGAGUGAUUACACACUGCCAUAAUCCAUGGAAAUAUUCAGCAAAGCUAGCAAGCCGAUUUAGCCUGUGAUCCAUUUUUAAUGUGUUAAUAAUCUGAUCAGUUCAUUAUAAUCUGGCUUUUAGAAAAAAAAAUAUAAUUAAAUAUUUAGAGAGAUUUUCUUCAUUAGUAAUAGUAUAAAAGUGCUAGUAAUAUUACUACUCAUAUUAAAGUGCUGUUGAGACCUUUUUCUGUGGUAGUCUUGUAAUGGUGUAUCUUCUGUCCUGGGUUGAAUGUGUUUUGAAUGCCAAAAAAAAAAAGAAAAAAAUCUUUAGAAAAGGAAUUUGUUAUUACUGUUUGUUGUUUUGAUUUGUUUGUUGUUAUUUCGAAAUACUCUCACACUGUAAAUAAGUGGGAAUUAUUUUAAUUUGUUACAAGAAUGUGUACCAAAAUUAAAUUUAUAGAAAUGUGAACAAAAUGGCAUCAAUAAAAGGCCAUUGUAUACCACUUAGUUUUCUGUGAAGAGCUAUCCUAGUUAAGUGCUUGUCAAAUACAGAGUCACUAUUGCCCGCACCUAGUUAUAAAAGAUCACUCCCGGACAGAUCCUAAGUGGUGUAUGACCAGCCUAAGUUUUAUGAUACAAAGAAAGAAGGAUAUAUUGUUGGUUAGCGUUAUUUUUGAUAUUUUACAGAAGAAUGUCAUAUUUUAGAAGUUAAAUAUAAUUCUCUUCUGAUGAAAUUUCACUUUUGUAUUUUUUCAUCAUCUCAAGAUCGUUAUUUAAUAUCAUUAAUCAUUAAAAUACAUGACUUCAGUAGAAUAUCAUAUUGUUUUGAUUGAGGCUUCCGAUUGCAUAAAGUAUUACAGCUAAGCAAAGUAUGAUGAGUCGCCAAGAAUAAAUAAAUAUAUAGAUCCUGUAUUUAGGUAAAAAUUUAUAUUGAAAUCGUAUCAUUUAAUUGGACCAAUAUAUGAAAACUUACCCUUUAAACAAUUUCAUAACCCAUAUUCUAUGUAGAAUUUAUUACCAUUGACUUCCAUUACAUUAGAUUCACAUAAAAUUUCACUAAAUAAACAAAAUAUCCUCAUUUGCAGUUGUAAACACCCUGCAGAUGAGGUACUACAGUAUAUCCAAUUUGGGCGGCCCAAUUGGGAAUAUCUUUGCUGAGCUUCCAGGUUCACAGCGAAGUUUUGCGUUAGUGAAAUGAAGGCAGUUUUAUUUGAGUCUUAGAAUAGAUUACCCUAGCAGGGGCCCAAUCCCGAAAAUUUGUCAAUUGACUUAAAGCUUAUCCUUUUUCCAAGACAAUUUCAUUGUGUCAGAAAGGGUACUUAUAUAGAUUCAUCAUAGGUAUUUAUAUGUCCCAUCUUUUUACUAAAAUGAAUUUGCCUGACAUUAUCAUUACUAUCAAUUAUGUUUUUGUUUUUUUUUUCAAUUUAUAAAUAGGUCAACCAUCGAGUAAUGUAGAAAUACAUAUGAUGAAUUUACACCACCAUGUCGUUUGUUGUGUUAUUGUUAAUUAUGAUAACAAUGUACCAAUAUGUAAUAAAUAU